UCCCUCUGUGUCAGUGAGUCCCUCUGCUGAGAUGAUGGAGGGUGGUUCAGUGACUCUGACCUGUAGCGCUGAUGCUAACCCAGCAGCUAACUACACCUGGUACAAGGAGAAUGAAGACUCACCACGAGCAUCAGGACAGAUGUUCACCAUCACUGACUUCAGAGCUGAACACAGUGGGAAUUAUUACUGUGAAGCCCAGAACGAGAUGGGACGUAGUAACUCCACCUUACUUCAGAUUACUUCUUCAGGGUCAAUAACAGCAGCUGUUGCCUCCACAUCUGCUGUUCUCCUGGUGAUCAUCAUGAUCCUCGCUGUCAUCCUCUGGACCAGAAAAAGGUCCUCACAAAGCAGCCGGCCUGCAGAGAGACCAGAGAACACUGAGAUCCCAACAGCAGAGCUCUGCUAUGCCAGCGUGAACUUCUCCAGAAACCAGGAGGAUCUUCUCUACUCCAACAUCAGGCCAGAUCGCCCCCCCAGACGCACGGAGAAAGUGGAGGAAGUUCUGUACUCAAGUGUCAACGUUAAGAGUUCUGGUGCUGCCAGUCAGUGUGAAGGAGCUGUGGAUGAUUCUUCUGCUCUGUACAGCACCGUCAGCAAAGCACCAAGAGAAUGAAGCCACACGGACAUGUGGUGUGUUACUUUACAGAGUUUAAGCAGCUUAAACACACCUGCAUGAAUAUGAGGUUUGACAUGUUGUAUAUUCACCAUCGUUAAGGCUUCCAUCAGAGAACUAUCAGUGAGCCAAUGGGAGGCCAGCUUGCAGUCUGGAAUCAGCCUUUAAAUGUUACUAAUGAGCAAUAGAUUACUACCUGUUCUAUACAAGCAUCUUCAAGUGCAUUUAUCUGUAAAUAGUCUUUACCAAUGUUGCCAAUAUGCUUCUAUUGAUCAUUAUUUUUACUGAAGUUGCAUCACAUGUUAUUGUUUUGUAUGAGACUGAAUUCAACUUUCAGGGCCUUAAUAUUACAUCAAAAAGUUCAAUGUUUCCCUUUAAGAGCAGAAAGGUUGACUGUUUGAAACCCGGCUGCUCCAUGUGACAUGUGACAUGUCAAAGUGUCUCUGAGCAAGACACUGACCCCCUGAUUGCCCCCCAGGCAAAAAUAUAACGCAUGGGCUAUAAUGCAAUCUAAGUUACUUUGGAAAAAAGCGUCAGCUAAAUGACAUGUGAUGUAAUGUAACAUAUAUAUAAAUAUAUAGCAGGGGCCUGAGGGAUGAACAGCCCCCCCCCAUAAGAGACCUGAACCCCCUGUGAGCACCACAAAGGUGUGGUUUUGGUCUAUUUAAAAAGAAGCUGAGUUUUUUUUCUCUCAUAAAAAUAUUGAUUGUAUUUCAUUUAUUAUUCAGGAUCUGCUAAUUGAUUUGUUACUGAAGAUCACAUUGAGGUAUUUAAACUGUUUAGGCUUCAUGUUUCUAUAAAAAAUAGCAAAUGUUUUAAUUACAAAGACCUUCAAGCUACAACAUUUUGUUUCUAUGUGAAUUCAUUUUUUGUGCUUAAUAAAUGAAUAAAAUACACAUUGAUGGUGUUCAUUGGCUCUGCAGUGAGGUAGAC